AUGGAGAUGAUUUUGUUAUGGUCAAUUUUUGCGGUAGGAACGGAAGCUUUUAAACCAACCAUUGGUCAAGGAGACGACCCAUCUAUGUAUACUCAUGAGAGUAUCACACUUGAGGGUAUGGACAAGGCCGCUGCAGAUUUCCUGUCUAGUGGCUUAGUGGACACUACGAAAACGAAUCAUUAUGAAAUUAUCAAGAAAUAUUUCGGAUCGGAUACAAAGAGUUACCAGGACUACCAACAAAGAGGUCAAGAGUUUGCUUUAGCUGUAAUGAAUGUUUACAAAAGUUACCAUUGGAACCCGGAUUACACAGUCAAUUCUGAACGGAUAAUUGAAGCCGACAGUCUUGUCCAGUCCACACGGUUAGAGAUAGCUUCCAUCUUAUCAAAGGGAACAUUAGACGAGACAUCGACGAAACUUCUAAUAAAUAAAGUAGGGAAGUGUUUGAUGAUCAUCCAGUCUUUCUACAGCAACACAAAUUGGAUAGAGAUGAUGGUAAAUGGUGGAGAGUCCUUUCUGACAUUUGGGACCCUAGCAUCCAUUCAUCAGAACGUGGCCACGACAGGAACUGCAACUUGCCGAAACUGCGACGAUAGCAUCCCAAACUCAUGUAACAACAAUCUGCUGGUUAAGAAUCGUCUGACAAGUGGAUAUCUGUAUAGCCAGUCUUCCUUCCCAAAACCAUUAGGUGACCCGCGUGCUACUGAGGGUAAAUGCAGUCAUGGUGGUGUGAAUGACUUCGGCAGGAACACUCCAGCAACAGGAGGGAUAAACAAAGAAACACCAGAUUGGAACUGGUCCCCACAUGCUCAUCUACACAACAUAUCCGGACAAACUGCCGUUCAAGCGACGGCAGCAUUCUUCAUAGACGCAACGACGGGUUUACUAUCUGGAAUUAACAGGACUACGAUAACAGACGUUUUUAAACUGAAGAAACCACUACAAGAGUUAUCUAUGGGCUUUGUGAUUGACGUAACUGGGUCAAUGGCUAAUGACAUAAAUUCUCUGAAAAACACACUCAUCGACCGCCUGUCCGCAGUCAUUGGAACUCCGAAUGCACCACACAAAUACGUUUUGUCUACAUUCAGCGACCCCGCUAACCUUACCACCAUUUUCGUUACAAAUGAUGGCCAUGAGAUGAUACAUAAGAUAGAACGACUGACAGUUGGUGGGGGAGGCGAUUGUCCAGAAUACACCUUAUCUGGGAUAUUAACCGCUAUCAAUGCCUCGGAUCCAUAUUCCCUUAUCUAUGUUGCCACUGAUGCUGAUACCAAAGAUACUGAUAUGGCAGACAUGGUAACAGAAGAGGCGAAUGCCAAGCAUAUCACCCUGCAAUUCAUACUCACAGGGAAUUGUUCUGGUGUAACACGGCGUCGUAGAGACAUGUUUUUCCCAGAAAAACACGUCCGCCAGAAAAGAGAUACUUCGAACAUCUUCGAACAACUUGCCCAGAGUACUGGAGGUCAAGUUUAUCAUGUGGAUCAUAGCGAAGUUACUGCUACUCUGGAUCAUGUUCUCGAGAAAGAUUUUCCCUCAUCAAAAGCGAUCAUUGAUUACUUUGUCCAAGCAUCCACGGACAGUGACACAAUGAAUAUCACUGUUGAUAGUGAGGCAGCCGUCCUCGUCGUAACCAUAGAAGGACCGUUCAGCGAAUACCAGGCAUCGUUGUAUCUUCCAAAUGGAACAGAGCAAUCAUUCCCUACAGCACGUGCUAAACGAUACUAUUCCAGUCAUAAAAUUACAAUGUCAAUUCAGAGACCCCCUCCUGGAAUUUGGAACCUGACCCGAUUAACAAGCAAUGACUGGAACGUGAAUGUGACAGCAUCCACUUAUUUGGAUAUCGACAGUCAACUCAAAGAAGUUGAAUUUGGAAUAUCUUAUGUAGUGGACCGUAACCCUAUCAUUGGUAAGAAUUACACUCUGGAAGUCCUCGUCUACAGCCUUAACUCAUCGUCGUCAGGCUUUCAUCUGCAUCUGUUAGAUGAACAAGGGACUGAUUUGUUCAGUCAACCUGUGGAUAUAAUAUUCAGUUUUACGAAAAUUACUGGAUAUAUGCAAAUCGUUAUUCCUAAUAAGAGCUUCUAUGUACAGUUAAGCGGUAUCGAUCAAAAUGGUUUUAAGUUCAAGAGAAUGUCAAGAAAACUUACUACGCCUGUUGGUGUGGAUUUAUUUGUGACCCCAAUACUAGUUAACCUUGACACCGGGAUACCACACAAUAUUACAUAUACAUUAAGUAACUUGGGGAGUUCCACUCAGACCUACACCGUUAGCAUCACUGAUGACAAAGGAAGGCUUAUAGGUCCAAUAUCUCAACAACAGAUAUUGCCUCCUGAGAAUUCAACAACAGGAAAUUUUCAGAUACAAAGUCCCCUCGAAUUGGAAUUUGUAACUUACACAGUAAGUGUCAAGCUGUCAGGAUCUACAGAUAUCCUUCAAUCGAGCACGUCUACAGUGAUGUUUGCGGGUCCUGUAUGUUCCUCAAUCGUUUCUCGGAAAUGCAGAUUGGCAAACACGAAAAAUAAGUGUUCGAUGUCCACUUGGUCGGCAACAGCUAUCUUUUCCUUUGAGGUAGCGACUUACAUCAGCGUUCAAAACGUUUCAAUGACCAUUGACCCAGUGAAUGCGAAACGUUUACAACUCAGGGGCGAUUGUUGUCAGGGCAACUUCUCAGUGACUGCUAAACCAUCAGUCGGAAGCGGAUGUGAAACAUCCGAGAACGUGGUUGAAUCAGACGAUCAAGUUGUGAUAAAUGAGGUUGUAAUUCCUGGAAUAACAAAGAUCCCAGAGACUACUACAGCAACUCCGGAGAUUACAACAACAGAAAUCCCAGAGUUAACUACGGAAAGUAAAGAGGUAACUACCGAAAAUACAUUGGUAACAACGGAAAGUACAGAGGUAACUACGGAAAAUACAGAGUUAACUACGGAAAAUACAGAGUUAACUACGGAAAGUACAGAGGUAACUACGGAAAGUACAGAAAUAGCAACAAAAAAUCAAGACGUUGCUACAAAACUUACAGAAAAGACAACUGAAAUCCCAGCAGUCAACACAGAAUUACCAGUAGUUACAGACCACAAUAUAACCAAAGAAGCUUUUGCUAUUAUUGUAUCUAUUGGAGUCGGGUCUACAGCUAUAGUUCUCGCCAUAGUCAUUGGUGUGAUAGUAUUAGUAGCCUGUCUGAAACAACCCAGGAAAUCAAAGAAGACGGAACAUUCGCGGGAACACACCCAUUAUCCUUCCUGGUAUGACAAUGCUCUUAGAAUUCAAUCGACCAGCUCUGGACGAUUACAUAUUUCGAAUAAUGCUUAUUGUUUGCAAGAACGAAUGUAUAAAUAA